AUGGCUCACCAUCAGAUCAUCACACCCUACAGCUCAACCGAAGACAUGGUCGCUUUGGCGAGUCAUCAGAAACCGAGACAGCUGGUGUUUCCCUUGACACCGGUCGUGGACACGAGGCACGACGCCAUGUCCACUCCUCAUUGGGACCAACACCACGAUUUCACCAAAAUGCCGUGCGUACCGUCGCAACCGAACGGCCGAAUGGAAGUGCAUAUGCUGGACAUGAACACGGCCAAGCAACAACACUGGAACGACAUACAGCGGCAUCCCAUGUCAGCACACUUGCCCACCAGCUACAGCUACCCAUCCCUCGUUUCGUUAGACGUUAACACAAACAUUCAUUACAUACCACCUCCAAUUACCGAAGUCAAUAUUUCGAGUGUCAGUGUUCCGGCGACACCACUGCAUCACCCUCGCUCGUUAGGAAGUCAAAGACCACGUAGUUCGCCGAGUGACGAGGAGCUCUCGCAUCUGUGUCGCUUCUUCAUCAUGAACCUCCUCGUCUACAUCCCAAUCCUCGCGGAGUCAGACGUGGGUGAUUUUGCGGGGAUGGUGAAGACGAACAAAAGACCGCUGGCGUAUAGUAUGGCCUACGUCGCUGCGCGCUUUGUUCCAGGAUGUCGAUCCAUACGCGCCAUGCUUGUUCCCGAAAUCCUCUCCAUGCUGAAGAUCCGGUACGAGCAUGCCGAUCGAGGCGACGACGAGCGCUGGAUGCUUCUGCAGGCGUUUGCCGUGCUGUACAGCUGGGCAUCCCCGCAAGACAUUGAGCGAAGCAUGAACAGCACCGAUGACGAGGUCGAGCUCAGUCAGGACGCUCUCCGGGCGUCGAUGGAGAUGCUUGCGCUCCGCUGGUCCUUGCACAGGUCCGGCGAGGAAGUUGUUCGCCUGACGAAAGAAGGCGGCGACAUCCGGCAGACGUAUGCUUUCCGCAAGUAUUGCUAUUGGCUCUGGAUGUUUAGCUCGGCACAUUUCCACUCUCUACUGUCUCGCACGCCUCCGACGAUCCGCGAGGACGCGACAAUCAGAUGGGCAAACCAGAAUCUGCAGCAGUACGCCAACGACGAAAGCACCCUGCAGAUACUCGCCGAAGUCGAUCUGAGUCUCUUGUGGAUUCAAAAGGGUGUCAACGAGCGAAAUGCGGGGGAGUGGUGGUGUCCGAUCUCCAACGAGACUGACUUGACAUCGACGCUGUCUGUGCUCAAGGGUCUUGACGACGCUUUAAAUGUCUGGCACCGGAGGUGGCAUCGUCCAGACCAGCAUCCAAGCACGGAUUUCGCCGUGGACCCGGGCAGGAGCAGCUCGAUUGACUUCCACCACCGGUUUACCAGGUUCUGUUUUAGUACGCACGUCACCAAGCUAUCCCAGUCUUCGGCACCGGGCGAAACCGUCCCGUUAUCUGUUGUCGACCUGAUCAUCCAGUCGGUCGAGCGAGCAUCGACCCUCUGCAACCUAUUUCUGGACUUGACCCCCUUGGCCAAAUCGUCUAUCCGGUUCGCCCCCGAGUCGACCUUCGCCAUGGUCGCCUUUGCCUGUGAAUGGGUGAUCCGGGCCAAGAGUUUCUUCCCCGGGAUGGAGUGCGUCAAGCCGCAUGAGCUAGAUAGCGUCCGUGGAGUCGCGGAGCUCAUGGUCGAUCUCGGCAUCGAUAACAAGCAUAGCGCGCGAGUUUAUGGCGAAAGCAUCCUGGCGAAGUUGCAGACGUCCUCGAGGCCGUCACCGUCACGGGCCACAACCUGGAACAUGCUUCCUCAAGAACAUAAGCUUGACCAGCAGACCUGGGCUCCUGCUACUACCCCAACCCCCCACUCUAUGGGUUCACGAGCUCUGAUUGAAUCUGUAAACGCCAUGGAUGGGGUGUGGCCGUUGCGAAGCUCGCCGAUUCAACGGCCCCAGUCCACAGGCCCACAGUUAGGUUUAGCUAUAACGUCCGGCGACGGCGGCGAAGUCUUUCCCAACUAUAACGGCUCCGAGUACUUUCACUUCGAUCCGACUUGGUCGAUAUGA